AACCAAACACAGACUUACACUCUGAUUCCCGUAUUCUUCCAUCUCUCAUAAAGGUUCAUUUUCUGCAUCUGUAUCUUUAUCUGUAUCUGUACCCAAGGAAGGAGACAAUCAAGCGAUUCUCACUCCAAUCCUAACUGCAAAACCCUUACCCUAACCUUUCCUAUUUUCUCAUUUCCACGCAUUAUCGAAUCAUUCAGUGCUGGAGAUUCCUGCAAUUUGAAAUUUAAAUUGGAUUUUUUUUUUCUUCUUUUUUGUCCCUGGAUCCUCUGCAAAUGCAAUUCUACUUCAGGCGAUACCCACUUCAAUGGCUGCAUGGUAAGAACUGAGAAGGAAACAGAAAAGGAUCGAGUGAUCUGAAAGUUUUUAGUAUGAUGUAUCGUCAGCAAAUGCAAUUUACUCUGCAGUAGCCCUAAUUCGAUGACCCUGCAGCAUAUUACCACCAUGGCAGCUGAGAAGAAAUGGCUCUUCACACUGUUCUCUGCCGCUUUUGUUUCCUUGCUUAUUUUCCUAUCUACAAUGUCCGGUUUCAGUGCAUCUUCUGCUUUCAACUACCACAGGUUGUUCCCUUCUACUGUGCGGUAUGGAGCUAAAUACCCGCCUGCAUUUGCUUAUUACAUCUCUGGAGGGCGAUUGAAUAAAGACCAGAUCUUUCGGUUGUUGCUCGCGGUUUACCACCCGCGUAACCGCUACCUUCUCCAUCUUGACCGAGAAGCUUCAAAUGAAGAGCGUCAGAGGCUGGUGGAGGCCGUCCGCGCUGUUCCAGCUAUCCGGGCUUUUGGGAACGUUGAUGUUAUAGGGAAGCCGGAUCCUGCCACUGACAUGGGAUCGUCUAAUAUUGCUGCCACGCUUCGUGCCGCUGCAAUUCUUUUGAGGGUUGAUAGCGGUUGGGAUUGGUUCAUCACUUUAACUGCAUCGGAUUAUCCGCUUCUUACUCAGGAUGACCUGUCUCAUGUGUUCUCCACGGUGAAGAGGGAACUCAAUUUCAUUGAUCACACCAGUGACCUUGGGUGGAAAGAGUACCAGAGGGCCCAUCCAAUUGUAGUUGACCCAGGGAUUUACUUGGCUAGGAGGACUCAAAUCUUUCAUGCUACCCAGAAGCGGCCAACACCUGAUCGAUUCAAAUUUUAUACAGGUUCGCCAUGGGUUAUUCUGAGCCGAGCCUUCCUUGAAUUCUGUGUUCUUGGUUGGGAUAAUCUUCCCAGAACUCUUCUUAUGUAUUUUACAAAUGUAAUUUUAUCCCAAGAAGGAUAUUUCCAUUCUGUAGUUUGCAAUUCACCGGAAUUCCAGAACACAACUGUGAACAGUGAUCUAAGAUACAUGAUCUGGGAUGAUCCCCCCAAAAUGGAACCGCACUAUCUCAAUGUUACAGACUAUGAUCUUAUGGUGCAUGGUGGGGCUGCCUUUGCGAGACAGUUCCAUAAAAAUGAUGCGGUGCUGGACAUGGUGGAUGAUAGGAUCUUGAUGCGUGGUUCCAAUCGUGCUGCACCAGGGGCAUGGUGCACUGGCAAGAAGAGAUGGUGGAUGGAUCCAUGCUCAAAGUGGGGAGAUGUCAAUGUUGUGAAGCCCGGGCCACAGGCGGAGAGGUUCAGGGAGGUUAUAACGGGUCUUAUUGAUGAUUGGAGUUCACAGUCGAGAUCAUGCAAGUGAUGCAAUGCGAGAUUUCAAGGUAGAAAACAGUGCUGCUAUGUAUUGAUAUGCAUCUGCAGCUGUGACUAACACCAUCGGCUGAGGUACAUACGUUAUGGGAGUACAUGUAUUCCGAGUUUUGUGAAGGGAUGGAUGAUACUCUUUGCUUGUAAACACUGGCCAAGCUCAGUGCUCAGGGGCCAUGGCACUCCAAAUCUGGAAUUUUUUGUAUGCGGGUAAAUAUAGUGCUCCAAUUUAGGUUUACCAGAAAUAAGAAAAUAUAUUCCUCUUUUAUUUUAA